AUGUGGAUGCGGGUGCUGUCCGCCAACCCGAUCGCGUGGGAUGCUCUUGGGGACGAGGCGCAUGCAAGGAUCCGCAAGAAUUGCAUUCGCUGGGCGCGCGGCUACACCGGGACUGUGGAGCCUUCGACUCCAGUCGGGAAUUUGGAGGGUUUGAAGCAACGGCCUAUUGACUGGACAAUUGGGACGUCGACGCCUACGGGGGCUUUCUUCGAUAAUAUCAUGACGGCUGUGAAGAUCGGCGCUAAUGUGAAGCUGCUGCGGGGUAUGCAUCUCCCGUACGUUUCUGGGCCCGACCAGUUUUCGGAGUAUAUUGUUGAGACGACGCGCAAAUAUCUACAAAAUCCCGAGAAAGAGUAG